GGCGCGUCCCCCGCCGGUCCUCUUGGUGCGACCCGGGCGGCCCCGAGCACUGGCGGCUAGGUGGGGCGUGCAGGGCGGCGCCAGCGCAGUCUGCACCAUGGCUUACCCCGGGCACCCCGGCGCCGGCGGCGGGUACUACCCAGGUGGGUAUGGAGGGGCUCCCGGAGGGCCUGCAUUCCCUGGACAAACUCAGGAUCCGCUGUAUGGUUACUUUGCUGCAGUAGCUGGACAGGAUGGACAAAUAGACGCGGACGAGUUGCAGAGGUGCCUGACGCAGUCGGGCAUUGCUGGAGGGUACAAACCUUUUAACCUGGAGACUUGUCGGCUUAUGGUUUCAAUGCUGGAUAGAGAUCUGUCAGGCACGAUGGGUUUCAGUGAAUUUAAGGAGCUCUGGUCUGUCCUGAAUGGCUGGAGGCAACACUUCAUGAGUUUUGACAGCGACAGGAGUGGGACAAUAGACCCUCAAGAACUGCAGAAGGCGCUGACAGCAAUGGGAUUUCGGUUGAGUCCCCAGGCCGUGAAUUCAAUUGCAAAACGAUACAGCACCAAUGGGAAGAUCACCUUCGAUGACUACAUCUCCUGCUGCGUCAAGCUGCGUGCCCUCACAGACAACUUUAGACGACGGGAUUCUGGGCAGCAAGGUGUUGUGAAUUUCCCGUAUGAUGAUUUCAUUCAGUGUGUCAUGAGCAUUUAAACCGAGAGGAAGCGCAGACGCGUGACCGACAUUCCCCCGGGAGUUCUGGCUGGCUCUCGCCCCUCGCCUGCAGGAACGCAUGGGAACUUGCCUCGCCACUUGUCCUUACCAGUUGCUGUGAAAGUGUAUUACUUUAUGUACCUCUGUAGUUUUUGUUUUCAGUUUAGAUAAUAAAGUCUGAAAUUUUAUUAAGAUCAGUUCUGCUAAACCAUUUAGAAUUUCCUUGAGCCACUGUCAUAUGCUUUAUUUUCUUGCUAAACCUGUUUUAUGUAAUUGCAGGCAUGCAAAGUGUUGACGGCACGUUAUAGAUUUUCCAUUGCAAGAUACUAAAGCCUUUUCACCAGGCCACAGCCGUGGUCAUUCCUCUCCUAGAAGGGCUUUUGCAUGGUAUUGAAAGCUUGAUGUGUGGAGCAUUCUUAUCACGUAAAAUGGUUAGACCUACUUGGAUACAAAAAAGACCGUGGUGACCCAGGCCAGGGUUCACCUUCAUGGACACUUAGCACAGGCUGUAGGGCUGACAGAUGUCUUCAUGGCUGUGUGAGUGGACAGGACCAUGAGUGACUAUUUUCUGCCUUUUGAAAACCUACUGAAUAAUGUGAGUGGCAAAUACUGUCACCAAGAUCUUGUUAUCAUCCACAUAGACCUUUGUGAAUCAUCCUUAAAAACUUUGUACCUUACGAGCUUAACUAUGUAAAAAAGAAAGUUAAUAGAAAAAGACUAAGGGACUAUAUGAAAAUUUUAACUAUGAUUAUUUUGACUAAUAGAAUUCCAGGUGAUUCCGUUUCCUUUAUGCGUUUCAGUAUCCUCUGGACUUCAUAUAAUGUGUGCUCCCCCUUUAAAAACAGAUGUUAAUUUUUUAAAUACUGAUGCUUCCAUUUUGAUAUGCCCCGUGUCCACACACUGACAAGGACAGCAGAAGGUCUGGAAAGAGUGCACCGAAACGUGGACGGGACUGCCUGCCCCUGGGAGGCAGAGUCCUGAGUUCAUUUUCUUCCUGCUGCUUUCAGAAGGUUCUCUGAUAAGCAAAUAUUACAUUUAUACUGGAAGAUUUCCUAUUUUAUAGAAAAAUUGUAAACCAUGAGCUCUUAAGUAACAUCUGGAUUCUAAUGCUGACUGUGCCUCUAAUGAUAUAUGUGGUUUGAUCAUUUCAGAUAAUCUCAGAGCCUGAGUUCCCCCAUCUUUGAAAAGGAGAUAACUCUUAACCUCCUGGGAUAAAUCUGAAUAUGAAAAAUGUGUUGGUAUAAUAAACACCAAUAAUGUUUCUGUUUCUUGCAUUUAAA